UCUUGCCAUCAUGUUUCCUUUCACCUAAAAUCCAAAACAGUCUUUUGGAACCUUUCCCAUUUCUUAUUUCACAGAGCACACACCCCACCAAGAAAAGAUAUACAUACUAUCAUUUACCUUACCCUCCACUGUUACCAUCGACACUCCUCAAAAAUCAACACCACUCCGAAUUUCCCUCUAAUUUUAUUUCUAAUAUUCAAGUGAAUUUGUGUUAGGGUUUCCAAUUUCGAAGAUUUAUUCGUCAAAAUCGAAAUUAUGUUAGGGGAAGUGCAACUUCAGCCUCCACCUAUUCAGCAAAACCCUAGUGAUUCCGAUCCUUUACUCGGUCGCAAAGACGAGGUUGUAGAUGAUGAGUCUCCCGGAAGUUCUACUGAGGUUAUGAAUCCGGAAGAUGUUGAAGCUGGGUUGCUCCCUUGUUGUCGAAUUUGCCUAGAGACUGAUUCUGAUCCCGAGGAUGAAUUGAUUUCUCCAUGCAUGUGCAAAGGAACCCAACAGUUUGUCCAUCGUUCAUGUCUUGAUCACUGGCGCUCAGUAAAGGAAGGGUUUGCCUUUUCACACUGCACCACCUGCAAAGCCCAAUUUCAUCUUAGAGUUGAAACGUUUGAGGACAACUCUUGGCGUAAAAUAAAGUUCAGACUUUUUGUGGCAAGGGAUGUUUUCCUUGUUUUCCUGGCCAUACAAACUGUGAUUGCUGCUAUUGGUGGCUUCGCUUACAUCAUGGACAAAGAUGGGAACUUCAGGAACUCUUUUGAUGAUGGGUGGGAUAGGAUACUGUCAAAGCAUCCAAUACCAUUUUAUUAUUGUAUCGGAGUGGUGGCCUUCUUUGUACUCAUUGGAUUUUUUGGCCUCAUACUUCAUUGCUCUUCCCUCAAUAGCAAUGACCCCAGAAUGGCCGGUUGUCAAAACUGUUGUUACGGAUGGGGCAUCUUGGAUUGCUUUCCCGCAUCAAUGGAGGCAUGCUUUGCUCUUGUGGUUGUUUUUGUUGUCAUCUUUGCAAUUCUUGGUGUAGCUUAUGGUUUUCUUGCAGCCACCAUGGGAAUUCAGAGAAUUUGGCAGAGGCAUUACCAUAUCCUAACCAAGAGGGAGCUUACAAAGGAAUAUGUAGUAGAAGAUCUGCAGGGCUGCUACGUCCCACCCAAGUUAGACCCAGAACAUGAGAGUCGCCUGAAAAUGCUUAAGCUUUUGUGAUUCAUGGAACAAAAAUGUAAAUUUGCGUUUUAAAAUUAUUCAUGUAUCAAUCUGUUGCUUUAUUUGAUGGUUAUAAAUCUCUUAUGCCAACCUUGUUUGCUAGAGCUUGAAAAUGGUUUAUAUAAUUGUUUUCUUUAUUAUAAAUCUGUGAUCCUACCAGAUUCUGUAAAGUCCAAAUCUGACUGUUGGAUAAUGAGGAAAAUAUAAGCAGUUAACUGUCCAUGAAAUGGACUUACCUUUA